AUGACCUGCAAAAGGUUCGAUUACUCCGUGGAUAAUCCACUCAACAGAGAACCCUCCGUUAAGGAGCUAGUUUCGAGAUAUAUAACCUCUCCAUCGCUUUCAUACGAUCGUAACCACGGCCCUAUCCCCUACCUGUCUGCAAGCACCCACGUUGUCCGAAUCGACGGGCUCGUAGGCCAUCCUCUCAGUCUCUCAAUCGACCAACUCGCCAACGACUUCCCCCAGCAUGAAGUCUGGUGCGCCCUGGAAUGCGCCGGGAAUCGGCGCCACACGAUGCGCACCAUGCUCAAGGAAGUCGAGGGCAUUGACUGGGGCGAUGCAGCGGUCAUGAACUGCAAAUGGAAGGGCCCUAGACUACGGGACAUAUUGCAUCGGGGUGGGGUCUGCAAGGCCCGCCCGGGACUCCACGUUGCGUUUUCCUGUUACCAGGUGCAGUGCCAGGAUGCUGGGUGGUUUGGGGGAAGCGUGGACCUGGAAAGGGCGUUGAGUAUCGAUGCGGACGUGAUUCUUGCUUUGGAAAUGAAUGGUUCUCCGCUUCUGCCGUGCCAUGGGUACCCUGUUCGCGUUGUCCUGCCUGGUAUUGCGGGAGCACGGUGGGUGAAAUGGCUCGACGAAGUCACGGUCCAGGAUCGCGAAUCGACCAAUUUCUAUCAGCAGUAUGACUAUAAGAUCCUUCCGCCGGAAGCUGUGGAUCGAGAUACAGCCGAACCGUACUGGGAUCGGACGCCUGCCAUGUGCGAAGUGCCAAUUAAUUCGGUUGUGGCGGUCCCGGAGGAUAAUGAGACUGUUUGGCUAUCGGAUUCUGGAAAGCUCGAGGUCAAGGGAUAUGCAGUUCCCCAAGGAUCAGAUGGCCCGAUAACGAAAGUUGAGGUUUCUGCCGAUGGGGGAAGGAGUUGGGUGGAUGCGCAGAUUGAAGAUGUAACUUCGGAGAGCAUGAUCAAAACCAAAGCAAAGAACAAGUGGUGUUGGGUUUUGUGGAGGGCGGAGGUUGACAUUGAAAAGGGAACUGGAAGAGAGAUCGUGAGUCGCGCUGUUGAUGCGAAGGGAAACCAGCAGAGAGAGCAUUCGCAAUGGAAUCUAAGGGGAGUAGGAUAUAAUGGGUACGGCAGAGCUAGGAAUUUGACACUGCUUUAG